CGUGUAGUUUUGAAGAUCCAGCCUGCGGCAAUCGGUAUUGGGAAGGGCUGGUGCUAAAGCGGCGCGUCAGUACCAGCGCCAGGGAUACUGCCGCCCCAGUCCAUAUGCGUACCAAUGACUCGGGCGCGCCGCACCAGACUUACUUCUGUUCGAAGAGAGAAAACGAGGAGGACUUUGCUUGGUGAACGAAAGGAAGGAGGAAAGCGAAGUGGCACUCUGAUCUGCAACCGAGGAGGCUGGCAGGGAAACGUUGGAAUGACUUUAGCCAGCCAGGCUUGACGCAUAAUCCCGCCCAGCCAAGCUGUUCGAGAGAGAGAGUCUUGCCUGCUUCAACUCAUAUCCUCACCAGAUAAGAUUUAGCGAGGACUGCUGUCUCAUUCACACACUCUCAUACCGGGAAAAGGCUAUUUAUUUGACCAAUUCCACUGCAUUCCACUGCACAGCAGAGGUCGCACGUUUUGAAGACAUUUUGAUCAUUUGAAACUACUUAGGAUAUUUUCGUCUUUUUUUAACGAGGCAAGACGGAGGCAACCACCACCCACUCUGUCGAGGUUAAAUGUGCUAGAAUUACUAAAGACACACAUUUGUACAGCACUGUCACUGCAUAGGCUAAAACCUCAUAUUUGAAGCGCACUGAGACGUGGACGGGACUUGAUCAUUCCGCUUUAUCUACCAGAGAGUUCGAGUCAAGAUGACAGCCCUCACGCUGGUCUUGCGGCCCGCCUGCUGCUGAUGGUAACGUACAGGAUGUCUUUUAACGGUCUCAGGAUCCAGAACCAACCGAUUUAUCAAUGGAGGAGGAGAGUGUCACCCGCAAGAUCAACAACAGCUUCCUACGCGACCACAACUAUGCUACUGAAGCUGACAUCAUCUCCACGGUGGAGUUUAACCCUUCGGGGGAGCUGCUGGCCACAGGGGACAAAGGAGGAAGAGUGGUGGUCUUCCAGAGAGAACAGGAGGAUGAAGACGGACGAAUCAGAGACCCAUCUACAAUCACCUCACUACGGGUUCCUGUUCUCCAGAACACAGAUCUGAUGGUGGAGGCGACAGCGCGGCGUGUGUUCAGUAACGCCCACACCUACCACAUCAACUCCAUCUCUGUGAACUCUGACCUCCAGACCUACAUCUCCACGGAUGACCUCAGGGUCAACCUGUGGAACCUGGAGAUCACUGACCAGAGCUUCAACAUCGUGGACAUUAAGCCGUGUAACAUGGAGGAUCUGACGGAGGUGAUUACAGCAGCAGAGUUCCAUCCUCAGCAGUGCAACACCUUGGCUUACAGCAGCAGUAGAGGGUCAGUACGACUCUGUGACAUGAGGAAACAGGCGCUCUGCGACACACACUGCAAGUUCUUUGAGGAGCCAGAGGACCCCUCCACCCGUUCAUUUUUCUCAGAAAUAUCUCUUCCAUCUCAGACAUCAAGUGAGGAGAGGAAUGCCAUCAGGCCAGAUCUGGCCCGUCCCAUCUGGAGGUUUAGACCGGUUUAG